CUACCCCAAAGACAAAAGCUCAUGGAUAAUAUGCUGCAGCUCUCCGAUCCCACCACCACCACCAACCGCAAAGUAAUCAAGAACAAGACCUCCUCUCCAGCAUCUUCCAAAUCCUCAAUAUGA